AUGGAGGUGGUGCGAGUGAGCUUCGCGGAUCUCAAGGAAGGCAACGAUCUCUCCGCUCAAAUCGAAGCUGCUUUCGGGCCUGGAGGUCUGGGGAUCAUUGCUGUUUCCGAUGUUCCAGGCUAUCCUGAAGCAAGGCAACGGCUUCUUCCCCUCGCAUUAAGGCUUGGCGAGCUCCCAGAGGAGGCCAAGAGACGCAUUGAAGACCCGGACAGCAAGUACAGCUUUGGGUGGAGCGAGGGCAAAGAGUCGGUGGAGGCAGGCAGGAGGGACGCGCUCAAGGCGUCCUUCUAUGCCAACCCGCUCACUGACACGCCCACCACCGAUCCCGAGCUUAUACGCAGGUUCCCCACCUACUGUCGCCCCAACGUGUGGCCCUCCCAAGACCUCCCGCAGCUGGAACCAGCCUUCAAGGCGCUGGGGCGGAUGAUAGUGGACGUGGGCAAGCACCUGCUGCAACACUGUGAUGCCUAUGUGCACAGCAGGAACCCCCACGUGCCCCCAGGCAAGCUGCUGCGAGUGGUGGAGCAGUCCCCCUGCCACAAGGCCCGCCUGCUGCUCUACCUGCCGCCCCAGCAGCCCCCACCCACGCCGCCAGCAGCACAGGGAGAUCGAGAGCGAGAGGGAGAGGGAGAAUCGCCUGCUGAGAGCAUUAGGGCGUCGGAGGAGGAGGAUUCAGUGGCGUGUGGGGGUGAAGGAGGCGAUAAGAAUGAGUCGUUUACUAAGAGGGAUGAGACAGGGGCGGAUGCGGAUGUGUCGUCUUGGUGUGGCUGGCACCUGGACCACGGCUCCCUCACAGGCCUGACGAGGGCGCAGUUCUGGAGAGAUGGGGAGCGAGUGGAGGGCAGCGACCUUGACCCCGCAUGUGGCCUUUACAUCCGAACCAGGGACGGGCAAAUCGUGCAGGCACACAUACCAGAGGGGUGCAUAGCGUUUCAAGUGGGGCACGCCAUGUCCAUCCAGUCGGGUGGCCUCCUAGCUGCCACGCCACACUGUGUUGCGGCACCCCAAGGGCCGGCAUCGGUAGGCGUUUCUCGCGCCACAUUAGCAGUGUUCAUGCAGGUCCGUACUGUUCAUGUGUGUCCGCACUGUUCAUGUGUGUCCGCACUGUUCAGGUGUGUCCGCACUUAUCAUGCAUUUGCAAUGCCUAAGCUCAUAGGGAGAUGCUCUUAG